UUCUCUUUUAAACAAAGAGUGGUCACAAGUUCUUUUAACAUUUACACAGUGCAAUUGUACUUGCGGACUUGCAGUGGCAGCUUUUGUUAAUUACAUCGAAUUGGGUGGCGAUUGUUCACCCGUAUCGAACAUGAUCUACCGUUUCUCUUUAUCAUCUGCUUCUGUGCGGCUCUCUUGUUUACUUCACUUCGAAGCUUCUUCCCUCUGCACCUUCUCUCUUUCGUUUUUAUAUAUAGUAACACUCCCUAAACAAGCCAAAACAAAACCAGUGUAUCCAUGGCUUCCUCUUUAAUUUAUUCUCUCAUUUCUCUCCUCCUUGUCGCAUCAUCAUCUGCCACAAUCACAAUUCCUCUCACUCCAAACAGUCACCAUUACAAUUUAUCCAAUUCAGAUCCAUGGCAGCUCCUCAACCACCUUGCCUCCUAUUCUCUCGCCAGAGCACACCAUCUCAAACACCCUCACAAUCCCAAAUCUAAUUCAUCAUCGUCUCUUAUCAAGAUCCCUCAAUUUCCCCGCAGCUAUGGCGGCUACUCAAUCUCCCUCAGUUUCGGUACUCCUCCGCAGACAAUCCCCUUCGUUAUGGACACUGGUAGCAGCCUUGUUUGGUUUCCCUGCACUUCUCGCUACUUGUGCUCCAGAUGUAACUUCCCAAACAUCCAAGAAAACAAAAUCCUCAAAUUUAUGCCGAAAUUAUCCUCUUCUUCUAAGCUCGUCGGUUGCAAGAAUUCCAAAUGUGCGUGGCUUUUUGGGGAAAAUGUGCAGAGUCGGUGCCAAGACUGCGACCCGAGUAGUCCAAAUUGUACUCAGACUUGCAGUCCGUACGUAAUUCAGUAUGGUUUGGGAUCAACCGCCGGGCUUUUGCUCUCAGAGACCCUGGAUUUCCCAGAAAAAACCGUACCCGAUUUCCUAGUCGGGUGCUCCAUUUUUUCAAUCCGACAACCAGAAGGGAUUGCCGGGUUCGGUCGUAGUAAAGAAUCACUGCCGUCUCAAUUAGGCCUCAAUAAAUUCUCUUAUUGUUUGGUUUCUCACCGAUUUGAUGACGCCCCAAUCAGUAGUGACCUUGUGUUGGAAUCCGGGUCGGGUUCGGGCGAUGCAAAGACCCGAGGACUGAGCUACACACCGUUUCAGAAGAACCCACUCGUCUCCAACGCUGCAUUUCAGGAAUUCUACUAUUUAAUGCUGCGGAAAAUCAUCGUCGGUGACAAGCACGUUAAGAUUCCGUACAAUUUCCUGGUGCCGGGGUCUGACGGCAAUGGAGGCACCAUCGUGGAUUCAGGGUCGACGUUCACAUUCAUGGAGAGGCCAGUUUACGAAGAUGUAGCACAAGAGUUCGAGAAACAAAUGGCUAAUUACACGAGAUCGAUCGAAGUGGAAAAACUAACCGGUUUACGGCCGUGCUUCAAUAUUUCGUCCGGAAAAUCGGUGUAUGUACCGAAAUUGGUGUUUCAAUUCAAAGGUGGAGCUAAGAUGGAAAUGCCUCUGGCGAAUUACUUUUCACUGCUCGAUUUGGACGUUGCGUGUUUGACGAUUGUGAGUGGCGAUAGUGUGGUUGGAGCGGCUGUGCAGUCCGGACCGGCCAUAAUUCUGGGCAAUUAUCAGCAGCAGAAUUUUUAUAUAGAGUAUGAUUUGAAGAACGAGAGGUUCGGAUUUCAAAAGCAAAUCUGCAAAUAAAUGAGUUUAUAAUUUAUAUACAAGUGAAAAAUCAGGGCCAACGCAAUUUUGCGUGCACAAAUGAAGCGCCGUCGUGGCGGUGGUGAUUGUAGCGGUGAAGGUAAGAUAACGUUGAUCAUAGUUUUUGUUGCUUCUGUAGAUGUUGGGGGAAGCUAACAAUUACUCGUAUAAGUUAAUUUGCAUUUUACUA